AUGUAUGGUAGAUCUGCAGGUGAACGGGGUCUCGUGAUGCGAAAUGAAGAAAAACCACAGUGUCGGCGACGCGGAAUAAAUAUUACAGAUUGUCAAAGAUGUAUAUACGUAUGCAGUGAGCGAUACAAGUUUUUUUUUUCUUUUUUCUUUUAAUGCAGUGGGAACAUGAGUCCAAGUACCCGCGCAAGAAUCGGUGGAGCCAUUCCGAACAUGCACAUGCGAGAAAAAUUACGCGGCCAAAGGCACGCUCGUGUAGUUGGUAUGGGCGAGACGAGGACGAAGUGUCCACUGCGAGAACGCGCUGGUCCGCGAAUCGGGCGCCCAUUCGCCACGCGAGCUCGUUGUCACCGGUCACGAGCUGCGCUUGCUGCGGACCGCUGCCCUUGGAAGCGUUCGGGACCGGGCUUGGAACGAACUCUGCCCCCGCUACGACCUCUGAGCUGUAAUGGCUGCGGCGACCGCUAGUGCACCCCCGCCGGCUGGCGCGGAAUCCAAGGAUGCCGCCAUGGACGUCGAGGUCCACUACGGGGACCUGCCGCAGGAUAUGAUCAACGAACUUCGUGACGUGGCCUCCAAGGCCAUGAAGGAUUCGAAGGACUGGGCCGACAUCGCCACUACCAUCAAGACUGCCUUCGAGACCAAAUACGGCCCCACGUGGUUCUGCGUCGUGGGCAAGGACUUUGGCAUCACGGGAACCUGCGAGAUGAACCGUGGAGGCUUCGUCUCCAUAUCCGGGGUUGCCGUCGGAGUCUUCAAGUUCAAGUAAUGACUGUCUUCUCCACCACUGACGCGCAUGGCCGAGCGCUCUCCUGGAGCAGCUGGGGUCUACACGCAUUGAUCCGGACACGCAGAAGAAGCAACAAAAAUUGUGGAGAAAUAGAAACCCAAC